UCUCUCUCCCUCCCUGGGGCGUCUCCUGAAGACGCCCGCUUCCGGUCAGCCGCCGGCCGCAGAAGCGUGUCCCGCCUCUUCCGCCUCCCCGGUGGCGGCGCGGGUGGCGGAGGCGGUAGCGGCAGCGGUGACUGCGCGUCUCCUUUCGGGGUCGGCGGCACGCAGGUCCCCUGGGCGGCCCAGCUGGACGUGGCCGAGCCGAAGCCCGGGGGCCGAUGGCGAUGAACUAUAGCGCGAAGGAUGAGGUGGACGGCGGGCCCCCGGGUCCUCCCGGGGGCGCCGCCAAAACCCGGAGGCCGGAUAACACGGCCUUCAAACAGCAACGGCUGCCCGCCUGGCAGCCCAUCCUCACGGCCGGCACGGUGCUGCCCACCUUCUUCAUCAUCGGCCUCAUCUUCAUCCCCAUCGGCAUCGGCAUCUUCGUCACCUCCAACAACAUCCGUGAGAUCGAGAUUGAUUACACUGGAACAGAACCUUCCAGCCCCUGCAAUAAAUGUUUAUCUCCGAAUGUGACAUCUUGUGCUUGUACCAUUAACUUCACACUGAAACAGUCAUUUGAGGGCAAUGUGUUUAUGUAUUAUGGACUGUCUAAUUUCUAUCAAAAUCAUCGUCGCUAUGUGAAGUCUCGAGAUGAUAGCCAGUUAAAUGGAGACCCUAGUGCUUUGCUUAAUCCAAGUAAGGAAUGUGAACCUUAUCGAAGAAGUGAAGACAGACCAAUCGCUCCAUGUGGAGCUAUUGCCAACAGCAUGUUUAAUGAUACGUUAGAAUUGUUUCUGGUUGCCAAUGAAUCUGAUCCCAAGCCUAUUCGAAUUCCUUUGAAGAAGAAAGGUAUUGCUUGGUGGACAGAUAAAAAUGUGAAAUUCAGAAAUCCACCUGGAAGAGAGAGCCUCGAAGAAAAGUUUAAAGAUACAAUAAAGCCAGUAAACUGGCAUAAGGCAGUAUAUGAGCUAGACCCUGAUGAUGAAAGUAAUAAUGGAUUCAUAAAUGAAGACUUUAUAGUUUGGAUGCGUACUGCAGCAUUACCUACUUUUCGUAAGUUGUAUCGUCUCAUAGAGCGGAGAGAUGAUUUACACCCAACAUUACCAGCUGGACAGUACUAUUUGAACAUCACAUACAAUUACCCUGUGCAUUCUUUUGAUGGACGGAAACGGAUGAUCUUGAGCACUAUUUCAUGGAUGGGAGGAAAGAAUCCAUUUUUGGGAAUUGCUUACAUCACUAUUGGAUCCAUCUCUUUCCUUCUGGGAGUUGUACUGCUAGUAAUUAAUCAUAAAUAUAGAAACAGUAGUAACACUGCUGACAUCACCAUUUAAUUUUAUAUUCUGAAACCAAAUCUACUGCAUGUGCAUCAAGGCCAGUCCUGUUCAACCUAGCUUUUGAAUGCUGAUGUCUGGUUAGUAUGUCAUUUUGAAGUUGGCACAUAACUUUAAAAAAAAAAAAACAACAACAAAAACCCCAAACAGCCUUUGUUCUUUGCUUCUUACAUAUGGAUGACUUAUGAAAAUAUAUGAUGGAUGUAAAAAUUAGCCAUAUUGAUUAUAUCAAUAUUGUAACUGCUAAAAUGACAUUCUAAUGUCUGCUUUUUAUUGGGACAGGCCAUGUGAUGCAUAGAGCCUCUUUCAUAUGAAAUGCGUCUACUGCUUAAACUGUUGAUGCUGUGUUGAUAACAUAUUGACAUGAUGCUGUAUAUGUGUGCCUGCUGUGUGAUGAAAGGGAUUAUGAGAUGUAUGAGUGUAAUGACUUGCUAACCUUUGAAAAUUUGGUUACAGUUCAGAUUGAAGAAAGACUAUAAAUAAAACACUUCAUCAUUUUCAUGUGUCGUGUGUAAAGACUGAAAGUCCCUCCUUGUUGAGGUGGUUCAUAUGUUCAGUUUCUCUAUUAUAAUUCUCCGAUAAUGACUUUGAUUCCACACUUUAGCUUGUACAACAUAGAAAUUAAUAUCUAAAGAGGUCAGUAGGUCUUGGCUAGAUUUCUUCUCAUUUGGCUAAAAUGUUGCAUUCUGAAGUCCCAUGCUACCUGAAGUUGCAUUUGGAGUCCCAAGCUACUCGAAUGUUUAUAUGUGACCAUUUCCCAGGAAGCUUACACUUCAGAAGGGAAGAAUGAACCUAGGUGAGAUGGGACAGCUGCUUGGCAAAUCCUCUCCUAUGCCCCAACUGUAAACCAGAUAUAAAUGUUCAAGGGAGGAUACUUUCAUUGUUGUGGUUUGUAGUGUUAAGAUGGUUGCUUCUGCCUUGGAAAUACCUCAAGCUGUUCUUAUUUAGCAGGUAAGUGACUGAGUAUAAUAUUCCAGAAAAAUUUGAAAUCCUAAUUUCUUCCAUAUUUCAUUAAAUUUUUUGCAUACAGGUCUAACAAAUAUGGAUAUGUAUACACAUCCUCUUUAAUGAAGGUAUUAUUUUGGUUACUUUUCCUAAGAUAUACCUUAAAAGAUGUUCUAUACAUUUCCAACUUAAAUUCUGGGGAAUUUGGAGUAUGUACAUGAUAAAAAAGAUUAUAAUAUAUCGAUUGAAGUUACUUUAUUUUCUAACUAGAAUUAUUUUAAUAGUCCUUUAUUGAAUAAGUGCUGUAAUUUGUUUGCUAUGAGACUUAUUCCUGAUGCGAAUGUAAAUUAUUUUUCCACAUGCAUGAAAAUGUAUGUACUAAUCAGAGUUGUCUCCAUUGCAUUGAAAUUACUUGUUUUGAACUAAAGUAACUCAUAUUUAUGUAGUAGAAUGCUUGUGUUUUCAGACCUUGUAAUGAUUUCCUUUGGAUGUAUUUUAAAUCAAUCGGUCUGGUUAAUAUAUCAGUUUAGAUUAAUAUGUGCUUAAAAGAAGAAAAAAAUUCAAUGGUUCAUAGUAGAAAUGUGCCACACUUAAAUAAGCUCUGUAUGACAUGAAAUUCUGUUAAAAGAUUGUAAUUCAUGGUGACUUUUAACUUAUAAAAAUACUACUUGCACGGGUUACUUGAUUUAUGGAUAUAUGAAAACUUCUCAGGAGGAAAGUUCUUCUUUCUCUAAAACUAUUCUUCUGUUGGUUAUUCAGAAUGCUCUUAUUCUGAAAGUGUCCCUGUUGCAUAUGAUGCUCACUUUAUUUGGGGGAUUCUUCAUAAGAUGUGAGAUGUUGAUGCCAGUCUUUCCCAAGUAAGUGCUGGUAAAAGAGGACUGACUACUAACUAGCCUGCAUCUGUCUCUAACUGGAACCGAGGGGUCUGCUGAAGGAAACUGAAGAGCUCUAACAUUUUCACAGCUUGGAGAAGAUAGAAUCUUUAAAAAAGUACAACUGAAGCUUGAUCUGUUUUACAAGUGCAUUGACGGUCCCUGUCCUUCCCUGGUUCCUGUCAUUUGAAACCAACUCCUGUUGUAAAUAGGAAGAAUAUGGGACAUUCAUAUUUAAGAAAAUUUGAUGUCAUUAGGUGACUUAAGUAGAAGGCUUAGAAAAAUGUAUUCAUUUGCAAGUAUUUUGGCACAAGAAAUUUUCCAACUGAAUAGUAAGCAAAAGCUAAGAUGUUUCAUUGAAAUCAUAAAGCAGUUUAAAAUAAACUGGAGAAAAAUAACUGUUCUAAUAGAGAAUAAUCGAAUUGAUUGUCAAGUGGAUGUUAUUUAUUGGAUAGUGACAAAGUUUAUUUGUAACCUUAAUUAUAUUAAAAGUUAUUCUGUUAGGAUGUUUUGUAUUAAUAAAAGUGAACAAAAUUAA